GAGAGGACUUGAUCUGCUAGAGCUACUGCAAGAAACGGGGAGAGACUCGGGAGGAUUUUUUCGGACGUGUUGAUCGCAUUAUGAGAAUAAUGGCAAAGAAACCCAGCCGAAUAGCGCUACACUUGCGCCUUACUCGGCCCCUCGCCACAGCCUACAUGCUAGGCCUUCUAUCGAGCACAGGCCCGCGCCUGAUACAUAUUCUCUUCUUACUUGGAAAGGGAAAAUUGGGCAUUAGAGCAGCGUGGAUGCAAUUCACUACCAUCCUGCGACAAGCGGUAGCUCCACAUCGAUUUCCUACCUUUUGUGGUGUUCUAAUCGGCGGCUCUACCUUGCUCCAGAUUCCUAUUAAGAACCUAAUACUGUUUUUACGUUAUAGUUUACGAUCCCCGUCAAGAUCGAUUGAUUUCAUACCCACCCGACAAGCGGCGCAGUUCAUUGCAGCCAUUGUAUCGGCAGCAGUCUCGUUCCACUUGCUGAACACUGCUCCAACCAAGCCCUCUAUGCCUAGUGGAACUGAGCUCGCCCAACCUUCGACUCAUCUAGAACCAUGCGAACCAGGCCCUUUUGAUGAACCACCGGAAAUAUACUCCCAAGAUAUUGACCAUACUACUCUCCAGGCAAGGUCGCUCUCGAGAACUGAUCUCGCUGGAAGAACGAUGGAUCUCACACUUUUUUCAAUAAUACGUGCCUUGGACAUAAUAGUAAGUCGUGCGUGGAGGGCCACACCAUUCUCUAAAGAUUCUUCAAGGCUUCGCUUCAUCUCCUGGAGUUCUCCUUCCCUUCUCUUCUGUUUCUCCGCUGCUACUAUUAUGCAUGCGUGGUUUUACAGCCCGUCUCGACUACCACAGACCUUCGAUCGCUGGAUCUCCGCAGCUGCGGAACUUGAUCACCGCUUAUUGCUCGCACUCCGGCAUGCUCGGUACGGCACGUGGAUUUACGGGAAAGACACGGGCAUGGCGCCUCUGCUCGGUUCCAUGUGUCGGGACUAUGGUUUCUCGGAAGAUUGGGGGAACCCUGCCCUAACUAUUCCAGUCCCAUGUGAGCUCGUUCAUAUGGGUCGAGGUGGUAAAAGCUGCGAGAAGCAUGCCUUUCUCCGAUUCUGUCGAAGUUGGGCAUUUGCAGCUAAAAUGUACGCCCCGUUGCAAUUCCUUGUUCUAGUGCGAAGCGCGAGAGCUCGAAGUCGACACGGUAACCGAUCUGGACUUACAUGGGAUGCAUUACUCCGUGCAACUAUCGAUAUGGCACGUAGCUCUGCCUUCCUAGGAGCCUUUAUCGCUUUUUUCUAUUACGGAGUCUGCCUUAGCCGGACACGUCUUGGGCCUAAGGUGUUUUCUUCGUCAACAAUCAGUCCCCAAAUGUGGGACUCGGGCCUGUGUGUUCUAUCUGGCUGUCUUCUCUGCGGUCCAAGCAUACUCAUUGAGCAAUCGAGAAAACGAUUGGAAAUUCUGUUUUUCGUCUUACCCCGAGCCGCCGCGACAUGGUUUCCACGACGGUACCUGCCGGAGCAUAGAUGGAAAGAGCACCUUGCAUUUACGAUCAGUGCUGCUGUUGUCCUCACCACAGCUCAAGGACAUCCGAAGCGUGUUCGUGGUGUGCUUGGGAAUGUUUUGCAUGGCGUCCUGAAGAUAGAAUGACAAGAUCUCGCGGGCAACGGGGCGGAAGAAAAUCGAGUUGAUAUUGGUAGACUGAUGGGAUUCUUAACUUAUUUGCAGGAUCCUAUAGAAUGCAUAAUAGACUCUAAGACCAAUCCAUAGAUCGUCGCUAACAUUAUAA